AUGGGUACUGCCAUCAGGAAGGAGGUCCUCGCCCUCUUCUUCUGGCUCAAGGUCUGGGUAUCUAUCUGCAUCCUUGUGGGAUGUUUUGCCUUUAUGAGUUUCUCGGUCUGGAGGUUUCAUGAAAAUGAAGUGCUUGGUCUCAACAACCCUAUCGUCAUUAUACCGGGUAGUGCAUCGUGUGCGUUUGGAAGAUCGGGUUAUGCAAGGCUAGAACCUCCAGUUCAAAGGGUCAUGUAUGGCUUCUCGUUAGACUGGAAGAACGACACACCCACCGCCCUCACAACCAGACUGAAUAAACUGCCCCCCGCAGUAGUAAACGCCUGGAUUUCAUUCGACAAUAACGGCUUCAAUGGACAAUCAGCAUCAGAUCUAAACUGGUUUGGAUAUGAAACAUUCUUACUAGGUGUAGGCACAAUCCUGGAAAUAACAAUGGUGCCACUAGUCGACAUGUCAACGAUAACAACAGCUACAUUUACAAAUAUCGCUCAGAUAUGUGCUAGCAUUAAUUCAAAAUACGCUGUGCCCAUACUGUUGAGGUUGGGACACGAAAUGAAUGGAAAUUGGGAACCGUAUGGGCAGAGACCCACAGAAUAUGUCGCUGGAUAUAAGAGCAUGGCGACUAUUUUGCGAAAAUAUACCAAUCUGACGGCCAUGGUGUGGGCACCUAAUAUCGGAACAUAUUACCCGUACGCCAGUCCGACUGCAUACCAGCAGAUACCGCCAGUCGGGACUGCUGAUUUCAAAGCUAUGGAUACUAAUUCGGAUGGUGUUAUUGAUGAAGCUGAUGAUCCUUAUGGACCAUAUUAUCCUGGUGAUGAUUACGUCGAUUGGGUCGGAAUAUCGUUAUAUUGGUAUCCAACUACAUUUAGUACAGUACCAACACCAGCUACAUAUGUCCAUGAUGCCAUGCUUGGAACUGGCCCGGCUAUAAACACGGUCGUGGAUGCUAAUUAUAAUCUUGCCUUGCACAACUUUUAUAAUAGAUUCGCAUUGCAAAAGAACAAACCUUUCUGCUUCCCAGAAUCCGGAGCACCAGUGAUACGUAACGGUACAGCUGCCGGUGCUGCAGAGCUGAAUGUGAAACAAGCGUGGUGGCAACAGACACUAUCAGCAUCAAAUUUCGCCACCUUCCCGAAACUAAAACUCGUCGUGAAUUUCGAGGAAUCCAAAAUCCAAGACACAUACGUCCAAGACUGGUCACAGACACUAAACCCCACCGUGCGCGUUGCAUUCGUUAAUGAUAUCUCAACCACGUACCGGUCUGCACUAAUUAUGGGUAGUCAGAUGACGUUUAAUUGUGACGGGAGUGUGACCAUGGUUUAA